AUGCUCCCACAGGUCAUUCGGAUUCUGUAUGUCUUGUCUUUCUGCUUUUUCCAAGGAGGCUUUAUCAGACUGAGCUCCUGUAAGGAGGAGAUAAAGCCCCCCGGCAGGGCAGGACCAGCGCUGUCGCCCUCAGACUUCCUGGACAAGCUCAUGGGGAAAACAUCAGGAUAUGAUGCCCGCAUCAGACCCAACUUCAAAGGCCCAGCUGUGAAUGUCACCUGUAAUAUUUUCAUCAACAGCUUUGGGUCCAUCACAGAAACUACAAUGGACUACAGGCUCAAUGUAUUUCUACGGCAAAAUUGGAACGACCCUCGCCUGGCGUACAGCGAAUACCCAGACGACUCCCUUGAUCUUGAUCCAUCCAUGUUGGACUCUAUCUGGAAACCUGAUUUAUUCUUUGCAAACGAGAAAGGAGCCAAUUUCCAUGAGGUCACCACUGAUAACAAGCUACUACGGAUUUUCCAAGAUGGCAGCGUUCUAUACAGCAUUAGGCUGACUCUUGUCCUGUCCUGUCCUAUGGACUUGAAGAAUUUUCCAAUGGACAUUCAGACCUGUACGAUGCAGCUUGAAAGCUUUGGUUACACCAUGAAUGACUUGAUCUUUGAGUGGCUGUCUGAAAACCCCGUUCAGGUGGCUGAUGAUCUCACCCUCCCCCAGUUUGUGCUAAAAGAGGAGAAGGAUUUGGGCUACUGCACUAAGUAUUACAACACAGGUAAAUUCACCUGUAUUGAAGUGAAGUUCCACCUGGAACGUCAAAUGGGCUACUACUUGAUCCAGAUGUACAUCCCCUCCCUCCUCAUAGUCAUCCUUUCCUGGGUGUCUUUCUGGAUAAACAUGGACGCUGCACCAGCCAGAGUGGGUCUGGGCAUCACCACUGUACUGACGAUGACCACGCAGAGCUCUGGUUCAAGGGCCUCUCUGCCCAAGGUGUCCUAUGUGAAGGCCAUUGACAUUUGGAUGGCGGUGUGCCUUCUGUUUGUGUUUGCUGCCCUGCUGGAGUAUGCAGCAGUUAACUUUGUCUCAAGGCAACACAAGGAGUUCAUCAGGCUGAGGAAAAAGCAGCGGCAGCAAAGAAUAGAAGAGGAACUUGUGAGGGAAAGCCGUGGCUUUUACUUCCGGGGUUAUGGACUGGGUCACUGCCUUCAGACCAAGGAUGGUACCGCUGUGGAGGGAGCCACUGUGUUCACCACCCCGCCUCCUCCGCCGCCUCCUCCUCCUCCUCCUCCAGUUAGCUUUUAUGACGGAGGGGUACUCCACAAGCGUUUUGUGGAUCGGGCAAAGCGCAUUGACACCAUAUCCAGAGCAGUCUUUCCCUUGAGCUUCCUCAUAUUCAACAUCUUCUACUGGAUCACCUAUAAAGUGCUGCGACACGAGGACAUCCAUCAAAAUUUGUAG